AAUCGCGUGUUCAGCAGUAGUGUUCGCAAGUACUGUAUACAUAUCGGUGCUAGAAGUUAGUGGGCUUGCGCCACGCUAGCGCCGUACAUUAACAGUGCGCUUUCUCAGUUCUCCGGGUCUCAAAUGAUACCUUCAGGCCUUUUCGAUUCUUGAUUCUCUCUCUCUCUCCUUCUCUCUCUUUCUUUCUCUUUCUUCCCAUUUCCGGCUUUUCUUUCCCGCCUUUCCGCCUCUCCUUUAUCUCUCCUUUUCCCUAUUCUUAUUUUUUGUUUCGGUAAUUUUCUUUAUUUUUCUGUCAACACGUUACGGAUAUCUCCGAACAAUUAGUGAAGCUUCUGGACGAACAGCCUUUAUUUCUUCAAUCGUUCAAGUGGAAGAAGGGAAGAAAAGAUGAAGAAAGUCCUUCGAGCAAGAUCUAUCGCUAUCACACUAUGCGGAAUUCUUCUGCUUUUGUGCUACAGCGGCGUCGAUGCCAUGGAAUGUUAUCAGUGCAACAGUCGCAACAAUAGCCAGUGCGCCGAUCUUGUUCCUCCAGAUUCUAUGAAGAUAAAUUGUGCGGAUCUCAGGGAUGGCGCGAAAUAUACAAUGUGCCGCAAAAUUACACAAGUCAUCGAGUUUAGCGUCAACGGCCUACCACCUGAUACGCGAGUUAUUCGAGGAUGCGGAUGGGACGAGUCAAAUUACAUGGGCAAGUGUUAUCAACGAAGUGGCUUUGGCGGUAGACAAGAGGUUUGCUCCUGUGUAAGCAAUUACUGUAAUGCAGCAACACCUGGACCCGGAAUUUUGUCACAAAGUCUCAUUCUUUCGUGCGCUGUGAUCAGCGUACUGUUAACGUUUCUACGAAAUUAGUUGUUAUUAAAAGAUAUAUUAAAAUUCUCCUCGUAGAAUUUUAUAUAUGACAUCACGAACGAGCGGAGGAAAUUAAGAAUUAGAGGAUAAUAAGAAAAUUUAAUAUAUCAAGCGUGCUUUUCGUUGGCACGAAUGUUCGUGCUCGAACAGCAGAAAUAAAGUUGCAAAAAAAUAUCGCAUAUCAAAA